UGACUGCUGGUGUGUGAAAACUGCAAACCUUGAGUAAUGGUGUUCACAGGUCUAGUUUGAGAGCCUUCUCAUUUGACUAUUUUCAUUGCACUGUUCCACUGUCCUUAGGGGGAAAAGAAUCUCAGCUUUUAAACAACUUUUUAAAGUCGCCCGGACAGGGAAAAUAUGGGGAACUGCUACACAGUAGGACCAAACGAAGCCUUGGUGGUGUCAGGUGGCUGCUGUGGCUCAGACGAGAAGAGCUAUACAGUGGGAGGCUGGGCCUGGGCAUGGUGGCUUAUCACCGACAUACAGAAGAUAACCCUUGAGAUAAUGACCCUGCAACCCAAAUGUGAGGAUGUAGAGACAGCGGAGGGGGUAGCUAUUACUGUCACAGGUGUGGCACAGGUGAAGGUCAUGAAUGACAAAGAGUUGCUGGGUUAUGCUUGUGAGCAAUUCCUGGGCAAGACCGUGGUAGAGAUUAAAAGUGUCAUUCUACAAACCCUGGAAGGUCAUCUACGCUCUAUUCUGGGGACUCUGACGGUGGAGCAGAUAUACCAGGAUAGAGAUCAGUUUGCCAAACUUGUGAGAGAGGUGGCGGCACCUGAUGUGGGCAGGAUGGGUAUUGAGAUCCUCAGCUUUACUAUUAAGGAUGUCUAUGAUAAGGUGGAAUAUCUGAGCUCUUUGGGUAAAUCUCAGACUGCUGCUGUUCAGAGAGAUGCUGACAUCGGAGUGGCCGAGGCAGAGAGAGACGCUGGGAUCAGGGAAGCAGACUGCAAGAAAGAGAUGAUGGAUGUGAAGUUCCAAGCUGAUACAAGAAUGGCCGACUCAAAGCGAGAGCUGGAGAUGCAGAAAGCUGCUUUCAGUCAAGAAGUGAACACUAAGAAAGCUGAGGCGCAGUUGGCCUAUGAGCUUCAGGCAGCCAAAGAGCAGCAGAAGAUCCGACUGGAGGAGAUUGAGAUUGAGGUGGUUCAGAGGAAGAAGCAGAUCUCCAUUGAGGAAAAGGAGAUUGUCAGGACAGAUAAAGAGCUGAUCGCCACAGUGAAGAGACCAGCUGAGGCUGAAGCCUACAAGAUGCAGCAGCUCGCAGAGGCAAACAAGAUGAAAAAGGUGUUGACAGCACAGGCUGAAGCGGAGAAGAUCAAGCGCAUUGGAGAAGCAGAGGCUGGUUCCAUUGAAGCUGUGGGUAAAGCUGAAGCAGAGAAGAUGAGGCUCAAAGCUGAAGCCUAUCAGCAGUAUGGGGAGGCUGCAAAGAUUGCUCUCGUCCUGGAGGCUCUACCACAGAUUGCUGGGAAGGUGGCGGCACCCUUGGCCCGCACCAAUGAGAUCGUGAUCCUGAGUGGAGAUGGUGGCCGUAUAACUGGGGAAGUGAAUCGACUGCUGGCUGAACUACCUGUUUCUGUAAACGCCCUCACGGGAGUGGAUCUGUCCAAGAUACCUUUGCUUCAGAAAAUGACCAACCCUCAGGCAUGAGCACGCCCCUUCCACUCGGCUGCCUUUCCGACACUUCAGCUACAUGCAGUCCUACGUUGAUUGCCUUGAAAGGAAACACUUGAAUGCAGUUUUCUUUCUACAGAAAUUAAUUUUCUAGACCCCUGGUGCCUUACCUCUGCAGGACCAGAUUGUCUGCAUGUGCCCUUUUUAGUGUUUUUCGAUCAUGUUUGUCUUUUUAUUUGUCAUUUUUGUUUAAACAAAGUACCUCAUCAUUAAUAUUCUAUAAAUCAGAGAGCUGUUUCAUAAAAUUCAGAAAUGAGCAGCCGCAGAUCUUUUAUAUCCUGACCUUGCAGAUUAGAAAAUAUUCCUAUUUGUGGUGGGUGGGUGACUGAGGUUGUCACCACAGGUUACAUUUAUGCAAUGAAUGAAGAUAUAUAGAAGUAUAGAAGAGCCAUUAGAUUUGGUAGAACAUAUUUAGUGAUUUGACAGCAGUACACAUGGUGUCGGGGUCUGUAGUGAGGAGGACUGACGUUUUUAUUGUAUCUUUAACCAGACAUUUAGACGUACAUUUAUUUAGAAAUGUGUCUUUGUACAAUUCAGACAUGAUGAGCUCAGACCUGUAGCUUUCUGCUUUGAUUGUGGACAAUCAGUCUGCUUCAAAAGGGUUGUAGGGUCUGCUCCAUGUGAUACAUUAACAUUUUUGUAUGUAUAGGUUUUUUUUUAAUGUUUUACCUAUUCUUCGAUAUUAAUAGCCAAGUGCAUUCUUCUCAGUAUGCCAAUCAAAGGCUAAAACUUGGUAAAUCAGCAUGAUUUAGGAACACAUUUUAUUUUAUCACGAAAAAACAGACAUGUUACCUCACCUAAUGUUUAAGCAGAUGUUGAAAGCUUUAGUCCUCCUUCAUUCACUGCAUUUAUGUUGUUUUAUACGCUGUGAUUGCAGACAGACUAAUAUUAUAGAACCCUCUGUUUUCUACUGUUUAACUGCCAGCCAUCUAGAGGUUUUCUUGGAGAUGUUCAGUAAACACACUGUACAAUAGAGUUGAAAGUCUAUCACCUACACUGCUUUUUGUUUGUUUUUCCAGACAAAGUUAGUAUUUUUCUUUCAGUUUUGUUAAAACAAGCCAACUAGUAGAUAGAAACUUUUCUUUUUAUCAAUAUGUUUGUUAAAAUGUCAUAUGCCUGUUAAGGUGCAUUCAUUGUUCUUGAAGUGUGUUGAAACUAAUUAUCAAAGUCCAGGUAAUGUGAGAGUUCUGUCAGGUAUUUUAUCUUGUACACUGCCAUUCAAAAGUUUGGGGUCACUUGACCAAAAUGUUUCUCAUGAUCUUAAAAAUCUUUUGAUCUGAAGGCGUAUGCUUAAAUGAAAUUAGUUUUGUAGACAAAAAUAUAAUUGUGCCACCAUAUUAAUUUGUUUCGUUACAAAACUAAACUUGUAUUUAAAAAAAAAAAAAAAAAAAUUUUAAAUUGAUGACUUGGACCAAAUAAUAAAAGCAGCCAAUAAGUGCCCAACAUAGAUGGGAACUCCUUCAAUACUGUUUAAAAAGCAUCCCAGGGUGAUACCUCAAGAAGUUGGUUGAGAAAAUGUCAAGAGUACAUGUCUGCAAAUUCUAGGCAAAGGGCGACUACUUUGAAGAUGCUAAAAUAUAACACAGUUUUUAUUUAUUUUGGAUUUUUAUAGUCACAACAUAAUUCCCAUAGUUCCAUUUCUGUUCUUCCAUAGUUUUAAUGACUUUACUAUUAUUCUAAAAUGUGAAAAAUAAUAAAGAAUGAGUAAGUGACCCAAAACUUUUGACUUGUAGUGUAUGUGUGAAUUUUAAAAUUUCGAUUGUUAAAUUUUUUUUCUGCCAUGUGUGUUUUGUUUUAGUUUUUAGUUUUUUUUAUUAUUAUUAUUAUUUUUUAGGUUUUUUUUUCUGCCAUUAAAAAACAAAAAAAAACUAAGUUUGCAAAACUUUUGAACAUCAGUCGAUCAAACUAUAUCAGCUUUGAUUUCAUUGUUUGCUGCUGAAUUAUAAAUGACUGGGUCUGUUGCUCAUUGGUCAUCAGAUAAUGCCAGAUGUAAUGGAAAAUAUAUUGUGGUCUUUCUCAUUAUCAUUUGACAUUGCAAUUUGUGUUUCAAAGUGUUUGUGAAAUGGUAUUUACCAUCUUGGUAAACACAAACCACAAUGAUAUCAUAUGGAAAGAAUCUGAAUACAAAUAUUCUAAGCAUGUUUUGUUUUUUGUGAACAACAGUUGGUUCUGAAAUUUUUUUUUCUCAUACAAGUGUUUUGGUUGGUUUUGACAUUGUUUUAACUGCAUAAAAGGGAACUGUUGGUUGAAAAUGUAGCCAUUGUUUAGAAGAUGCUGCACACAUUUAAAACUAACUUUUCAAAGGCUGUUUCUUCAUGCUUAAUCUAAACUAAUGACCUCAGCUGUUUUUUUUUUUGUUUUUUGUUUUUCUGAGCUGAGUGUGUUUGUUCUACAGUUUGUAUCGUUGUUUCCACCACUAACAAUCAGAUAUUGGGAAUGUGUCAUGUAGCAGUGAAUAUUAUUAAUGCAUUCUAAUUCCUCCAUCUUUGCUAUAAUAAAUAUACAUAAGAUAUAUGUAUCUAUUUAGAAAUCUGUUUCAUAUCACAUUCAAUAAAUGUGUUUUGAUUUA